UGCAAAUGUUUCUGUUACAAAUAGUCCUAUUUACUAUUUGUGACAAACAAAGUCUUCCCUCAUUUAUUCAGGGUUUAAUUUCCAUUUAGACAUAAGGUAACUCUUCUUUUCAAUAGAAUACAUUGAAAACGUAUCGUCUUUCAAAUAUGGGUGUCGAAAAGAAGAAAUCUACAUUCCCAGAACUUAGUGAAAAUGAAAAGAAACUUCUGGAAGCAAUCACAAAAGGGAACUUGCCAGAAGUGCAGACUCUGCUUCAGGAGAAAGAUGUGAAAGUUAAUUGUCUGGAUGAUACGGGUAUGACCCCGCUGCAGCAUGCAGUAUUCCGAGGAAAGACGGACAUCGCAGAGUACCUGCUGAGGUUCGGGGCCGAAGUCAACUCCAAUAACCAUGAGAACGGCUACUCUACACUCAUGUUUGCGUCCCUAUCAGGCAAUGUUGACGUCACCCGCCUUGUGCUAGAGCACGGAGCCAAGAAAGAUGUCAUCAACUCUGUGGGACGAAAUGCUUCACAGAUGGCCGCAUUUGUCGGACAACACCAGUGUGUGGCGGUCAUCAACAACUACUAUGACAAAUCUGACCUAGAAUACUACACAGUGCCCAGAGGUCAGGAGAAGGAGCCCAAGUUGCCCCCUGUCCUCGUGCCGUCCCUCCUACAUUUGUUAAACACAGCCAACAUGCACCCUGUCAAGAUUUCACUGCACUUGCAAGCCUAUCCUGAGAUGAUGAACGAGAGCUACAAGGUGUGUAAAGUGCUCGACCUCAUUGUUGAGAAAUCCAUGAAGGCGCGGGAACCUGACGAUGUUAUGGCGAUGAAGGCUCACUACUUUGCCACGAUCAUCAGGAAGGCCAAGGAUUGCAAGGACCUGGAUACUUGGAUUAAAAUAUUAUUGAAAGGUCGUGACAUUGACGGGUACCCAGAGUUUCAAGACCGAUUGAUACGCCAAACGUUAAAGGAAUUUCCAUUUGUUGAGUCAAUAUUACUGCAGAACAUGGUCCGACAGCUCUCACAGACCAAGAUUGGAGAUGACCCAACCUCCCUCAACAUCUUGAACCAGGGAAUCAAUGGCCAGAAGUUUGGCUUUGACAAAGUUGACGACUGUAAUACAUGUGGAAGUUUUGGAGCUGAAAGGAAAUGCUCAGCUUGUAAAAUGGUGCACUACUGCAACCAGACGUGUCAAAAGCUCCACUGGUUUACACACAAGAAGUUUUGUAAACAACUCGCAGAGGAGUUUAAGAUAAUGUGUGCAGCCCAAGAGAAGGCUGCCCAGGAGGCGGUUGCCGAGCAACUGAAGGCAAUCGAGGAACAUACCGCCAACACUGAUAUAAAAGACCAACAGGAGGAGACAGGGAACCAGGAAACUACAAAAGUUGAAAGUAAACCUGAAAUUAGUGAAACUAGUCCUGAAACUUUGGUAAAGUCACAGGAUUCUAAUGGGAGUUCUGAAACUAUAGACAGCAGCGGAGAUGCCAGUUCCUCAGUUAAAGCAAGUGCAUCAUAGGACUAAUGCAUUUCUUGUGAACAUUUAAGUGAAAUUUUAUAGCAAUUAUUUCAAUUUUUAACAAAUAUUUUUCCAUACUUUCAGUUUUGAAAGUUUAAUGUACGGUAUCUCACUCUCAGUAUUGAAGUUAUGGAGUUCUCAUGAAAAUACAAAUGUCAUUUUGUUGCCAUAAUUUCAUUUCUUUUAUUUUUGCAUUUGUAAAAGCAAAAAGAAAGUUCAUAGAUGUUUGAAUAUGUUGUUCUUUCCUAGUUAAUGAAGGUUAUAAAAGUUAUAGUUGCUAUUUGUUUUUUUUGUUUUUAAAGAUAUAUUUGACAGUUGAGGAAAUUUAUCUCAGCAUUAUUAUUGCCUCUAGAAAUGGAAGUCGACUUUAACAGAGAAAUGUUGGAACUCUGGUACCUUCAUUAUUGUUUUUCUAAUACAGAAAAGUUAAUUUAUAAAAGAUGUUUGUAGUUCAUCAAUGUUUUAUGAUGUUGUUAUUCCUAGUUAAUGAAGUUUGUAAAAGUUAUAGUCGCUAGUUUGUUUUUUUAAAGAUGUAUUUAAGAUAUACAUGUGCAUGUUCUUUUAAGAUUUUCAAGAAGCUGUCAAAUUCAACUCCGAGAGGGUUAUAGGUGUCUGACUCUCACCCAAGAGAACCUGGUCAUGAUCAGUUGUGGGUAUUUUGUGCGUGGUUUUUUUUUGGGGGGGGGGGAGUGAUGAGUAAUUCAAGAAACAUGUUUAACCAUUUUAUUUCCAAUUUUUGACAUACAUGUUCAUAUGGUAGGUCCUGGAUUUACAUAAGGUAUAAAUCAACAUUAUGCAGAAUGGUCUAGGACAAAUGCAUUAUGUUUGUUACGUUUUGUUGACUUAUAUUUAAAUUGAGGAAUGCAUAUAUGUGUGUUAUGGUAAACUUGUUUCAGAAUUUAAAGAGAAAGUGUUGUGUUCAUUUUUUAUGGUGCUGUUUGUUUUGUUUCAAUGAAGAUUUCAUAUGUGUGAUUUAUGUUCUUUUAAGAUAAAUUAAUGUUAAAGAGGGCAUGAUUUUUGUUGUUUUAAAGUUUCUUAAUGUCUCAUUUUUCUUUAAACAUUAGUAACGCUUGUAGCCAUAAGAUUAAUUUUCGAAUGUAAAUAUGAAAACUGUUAUCUGAUCUUUAAUCAGCAUUCUUAUAUCACUUGUUUCCAGACAUUUACACACAGAUUGGCUCAUUCAUAGACAAAAAUAAAACAGCUGUCAAAACAGUCAAUCUCUGAGAGUGCAGCUUUAAGAGUGGAGUGUUUGCAUUCUUUUGGUAUAUUGAUUGUCUAUAAAGUACAUAUAUGUGGAAUGUUACUGUUAAAUCAUGUUGUAGCUCAUAGUUUUGUGACAUAUAUAUAUAUAAAUAAAUUGUGUGUACAUGUUACACAUUACAUUGA